AUGUCAAGCAAAGGCAUAAAGGCAACAUUCCACCAGAACUACAUAGGAACAGACGCGGAGCGGAAUCCGUUCUUCUUGUCCGUGGUUCUUUCUGACCAGAAUAAUCAGCGCGUUCCCCAGUACCGAGCAAUUUUGUGGAGGAAAACGGGAUCGCAAAAGAUUUGUCUUUCCUAUUGUCCCACAAAAACCUUAUCAGUAAAGUCUAUAUUAAGUGCCAUGAACCUUGACAAGUUUGAGAAAAGCCCCCGUGAAAUACUUAACCCAGAGAUUCAGAAGGAUCUGCUGGUCUUAGAAGAGCAGGAGGGCUCUGUGAAUUUUAAGUUUGGAGUUCUUUAUGCCAAAGACGGUCAAUUAACAGACGAUGAGAUGUUUAGUAACGAGGCCGGAAGUGAAAGUUUCCAGAAAUUGUUGGACCUCUUGGGAGACACCGUGACCUUAAAGAGCUGGAUCGGCUACAGGGGAGGACUAGACACCAAAAAUGACACAACGGGAAUACAUUCGGUGUACACAGUGUACCAGGGCCACGAGAUAAUGUUCCACGUCUCCACCAUGCUGCCCUACUCAAAAGAAAACAAACAGCAGGUAGAAAGAAAACGGCACAUUGGGAAUGAUAUUGUGACCAUCGUCUUUCAGGAAGGCGAGGAAUCUUCUCCGUCCUUUAAACCGUCCAUGAUCCGCUCCCACUUCACACAUAUUUUUGCCUUAGUGCGAUAUAACAAGCAGAAUGAUGGGUACAGGUUAAAAAUCUUUUCGGAGGAAAGUGUCCCAUUAUUCGGACCUCCUCUGCCGUCCCCACCAGUCUUCUCCGACCACCAGGAAUUCAGGGAUUUUCUUCUAGUAAAACUAAUUAAUGGUGAGAAGGCGACUCUGGAGACCCCAACUUUUGCUCAGAAGAGGCAGCGCACUCUGGAUAUGCUGAUACGCUCCCUGUACCAGGAUCUGAUGCCCGACUUGCAUAAGAACAUGUUAAACAGAAGAUCACUCAGUGACGUUCUGCCAGAAUCCCCAAAAUCUGCCCGAAAAAAAGAGGAAGCACGGCAGGCAGAGUUUGUCCGCAUCGGGCAGGCUCUGAAGCUGAAAAUGAUCGUACGGGGAGACGCUCCGACCAGCCUGGCAUCCACGGGACUGUGCAGAAGAGAGCCCUGGGAGGCUCAGUGCUUCUGUAAUAACUUCUCUCCUGAAGCUGUUGGAGGAGAUUCCUGGGGUCCAUCCCUCCUGGUCUCCACUGACAGCGGCGUGUUGCUAAUAGAUGAUGGACAGCCGGCAAUCCCAAUAUUUGAUCGAUCGCUGCAGAUCAGACAGAUGCACGUGUUGGAGCCCUUGGAUCUCCUGAUCACUCGAGCUGAUAAAGGGAAAGACGCCCGGCUCUAUGUCUUCUGGUUGAGCGCCAUCAGGAAAGAUCUGGAAGACAACCAGGCUCCAAGGAACAAGUACGAGUGCAGAGAAAAUAAACUUGAGAAAACAAAAGGAUGCCACCUGUACGCCAUCAAUACUCAUCACAGUCACGAGCUGCGGGUGGUGGUGGCCAUCAGAAACAAACUGCUGCUCAUCACAAGGAAGCCAAACGCUCUGAACAGUGCAGCUGGAUCCUCGCCAGUGGAAGCCUUCCAGUACAUUCGGUAUAUCUGUCCUGAAGAGCUCCUUCUGGAACCCUGUUGGACCCUCCUACGAAAAUUCGUUUGUCUCUUUUGGUUGGAUACAUCUCCUAAUCCUCAUCAAACCUAUCUGCUCUUCAGUCUCAAUCCCAAGAAAAAUCUAAUAAACCAGCAAAUAAAUGAGAAGCAAAUCUCGGUGACCUGCAAUAAUCAUUGCUCGGCAGAAGUGGAGAUGAAAGGCUGUCCGGAUCAGCAGGAAGAUUCCUCCUGUACAAAUCCUAUUUCUUCAUUCCAAGGAUGCAUGAGGCUCAUAUUUAUAGAUAAUCAGCCCAAGGACCUCAUCUUGGUGCAGCGCGGAGUCCUAGGGAACUUCACUGAUCUGCAAAUCGAUAUGUGCGGCAUUAAGGACAGAUGCCUGCCAAAUUACUGCGAACACGGAGGAGAAUGUUCUCAGACUUGGAGCACAUUUCACUGCGACUGCGGGGACAAGGGCUACGCGGACGCCACUUGCCAUAGCUCUUUGUAUGAACAGUCCUGCGAGGCCUAUAGGCACAAGGGAUACCCGUCUGAUUACUACUACAUCGACUCGGAUGGAAGCGGGCCACUUGGACCUGUCCGUGUUUACUGUAACAUAACCGAGGAGAAAAUCUGGACGAUCGUCGGGCACAACAUUACGGAGAUAACACCUGUGCUCGGAUCAUUUUCUGGGAGAGCGUAUUCUAUGUCAUUUAACUACAGCGCCAGAGCCGAUCAGCUGGAAGCCAUGAUCCACACUGCGGAGUACUGCGAGCAAGAAGUGGCCUAUUACUGCCGACACUCCCGCCUGCUCAACUCCCCCAAUGGUGCCCCCUUCACCUGGUGGAUUGGAAAAGGCAAUGAGAGGCACACGUACUGGGGAGGGUCCUUACCUGGGCAGUGCACCUGCGGCCUGGAGGAAAGCUGCAUUGAUAUGAGGCAUUACUGCAACUGCGACGCUGACAGGAGCGACUGGACAAGUGAUAUAGGAUUCCUGACCUUUAAAGAACACUUGCCGGUCUCACAGAUUGUGAUCACUGACACAAACAGAUCGGGGUCUGAAGUGGCCUGGAAGGUGGGAGCUCUGCGAUGUUAUGGUGACAGAAGCUUCUGGAAUUCGGCCUCUUUCACUUCCGGGACCUCUUAUCUCUAUUUUCCUACCUUCCAUUCAGAUUUCAGCAUUGAUAUCUCAUUUUUCUUCAAGACCACAAGCUCCUCUGGAGUCUUCUUGGAAAACCUUGGGGUCAAAGAUUUAAUAAGAAUCGAGUUAGUCUCUCCCUAUCAGGUCACCUUUUCAUUUGAUGUGGGGAGCGGGGCCCUGGAGGUCUCUUUGCAAUCAGUCCCAGCUUUGAAUGACGGUCAGUGGCAUUAUGUCAGAGCUGAGAGGAAUAUUAAAGAAACCAGUCUCGUCAUAGAUAACCAGCCAAGAAAACUAGUGCAGAGUCCGUCUGAUGGACGAGCCCGUGUCCAGCUCAGCACUCAGCUGUAUGUAGGAGGGACGUCAUCCAGGCAGAAAGGCUUUGUGGGGUGUAUGCGCUCUCUCCAGCUAAAUGGACAGACCCUGGACCUCGAAGAAAAGGCCAGGCUGACCUCGGGGAUCAGGCCGGGAUGCCCGGGCCACUGUAGCAGCUACGGAAACUUAUGCAACAACAAUGGGAGGUGCGUGGAGAAACGAAACGGAUACACCUGCGACUGCACCAACUCCGCCUAUGAAGGACCUUAUUGUAGGAAAGAAGUCUCUGCAAUGUUUGAAGCUGGAACCUCGGUCACAUAUAUGUUCCAGGAACCAUAUCCAGUGUCCAGGAAUACCAGCGCGUCCGCUUCAGCCAUAUAUGCGGAUACCGUGAUAUCAAGGGAAAACAUUGCUUUCAGCUUUCUGACAGCACAAGCACCAAGCUUACUGCUCUACGUGACCUCGGUAUAUCAGGAUUACCUGGCUGUAAUGCUCUGCAGAAAUGGAAGUUUACAAGUCCGAUAUAAACUCAGUAAGGAAGGAUCUUAUGUUUUCACGUUAGACUCUGAGAGGCUGGACAAUCGCAGGCUUCAUCAUGUGAGGAUCAGCAGAGAAGGACGGGAGAUAACCGUGCAGAUUGACAAGUCAGUUAAGCAGAAGCAGAACUUCUCCUCAGACGUCCACUUCAAAGCCAUCAAAUCUCUGACAUUGGGGAAGGUUGUGGAUAACCUGGGGCUUGAUCCAGAAAUUUUCAGCGUGAGCUCCAUUGGCUUCAUUGGAUGUCUAUCUUCUGUCCAGUACAACCAAGUUGCACCCCUUAAAGCAGCACUCCGGCACCCUAGUCUAGCCCCAGUUACAGUCAUUGGUUCCCUGACAGAAUGUAGCUGCGGAUCCAUCACUGAGAGCGACCUCAGCACAAUCACCACCACCUACUCCUCCUCCGAUCCCUUUGGGAAGACAGAUGACCGGGAGCCCCUGACCAAUGAGAUGAGAAGCGGUCCUGCAGUCAUCGGAGGUGUCAUAGCUGUGACAAUCUUUAUCAUUUUCUGCAUUGUGGCGAUAAUGACAAAAAUUAUUUACCAGCACAAAAAAACUCAUGGAAAAAGUCAGUCCAAGGAGAAGGAGUAUCCGGGCAGCAUGGACUACGCCUUCAGGAAGGAGCUGGACUUACAGAACACAGUCAGCGAGUGCAAAAAGGAAUAUUUCAUCUGAGAGACCUGCGUUCUACAUUAUGUUUCCUCUUUUUGGCAGUUGUUUUUAUUUAUUUAUUUAUUUUUUAAGCAAUGUCUCAACAUCUGUUCCCCUGGGAAAGAAGAAGAAGAAUGUGACAAACGUCUUGAGGUCUCCGUCUUCUUAAAGGCUCCCCAGCUUUGCAGAGGGGGCCUCGUGCCCUGAAGACGUAACCGCCUCAUUUCUCCGGUUUUGUUACCGCGUUUUAUUGCUUCUAGGGGAACAAUCCAACAAGGAAUUGACCUUGACGCCGCCUUGUAGCUCUCGAGGGGGGACUUGAAGGACAUUGAUGGCAGAGGAUUCUUAUUUAUAGCUCCAAGUGAUGCAUUUUGGAUACAUUCUGGAUAUGUCAUUGACCUGCAAAAUGGCAAUGGAAUCCCCAAACAGCCGUCUCCGGAUACACUGCU